AUGGGCGGCGAGAACGCGGUCCGUAGCAUCACGCUGGAGAACUCGUCGCAUGCGCUGUCGGAUGGGCGCACGGUGCACUACCGCGUCGAGCGGCAGAUCGGGUGCGGUUCGUUCGGCGCUGUCUUCCAAGUCGUCAUCGAGGAGACGGGGGAAGUUGUCGCGAUCAAGAAGAUCUUCCAAGACAAGCGCAUCAAGAACCGCGAGCUCCAGAUCAUGCGUCAGCUCCACCAUGGCAACAUUGUGCAGCUCAAGCACAGCUUCUACUCGCGGGCAGGCGCGGACGACCUCUACCUCAACCUCGUGCUCGAGUACAUCCCGGAGACGAUCUAUAGCAUCAUUCGCCGCUUCCAGGAACGGCAGAAGGUGCUGCCGCUCAUUUACACCAAGCUGUACAUGUACCAAAUGUGCAUUGCGCUCGGGUACUUGCACUCGAUGGGCAUUUGCCAUCGCGACAUCAAACCCCACAACGUACUCGUGAACCCACAGACGCACGUCGUGAAGCUCUGCGACUUCGGCAGUGCCAAGAUGCUCCAGGCCCACGAACCCAACGUCUCGUACAUUUGCUCGCGCAUGUACCGCGCACCGGAACUCAUCUUUGGAGCGACCAACUACACGACGGCCAUCGACAUGUGGUCGCUCGGGUGCGUCUUUGGCGAAAUGUUGCUAUCCAAGCCACUUUUUCCUGGCGAGAGCGGGUUCGUGGACCAGCUCAGCAACAUCAUCAAGAUCGUGGGCACGCCGACGCGCGACGACGUCCACGCGAUGAACCCGCAGCACACGGACUUCAAGUUCCCGCGCAUCCGCCCGCAAUGGGCUGUCAAGUUUGGCGAUUGCCACUCGGAGGCCGUCGACCUCAUCACCAAGAUGCUCGUCUAUGCUCCGUCCAAUCGCAUGCACCCGCUCGAGGCUGCGGCCCACCCGUUUUUUGACGACUUGCGGCGCCCGCAUUUCGCCCUCGCCAACAACCAACCCGUGCCGCCCCUCUUUAACUUUACACUUCAAGAGCUAUCGCAAGUGCCGCAGGACGUUCGGGAGCGCCUCGUACCCCCCCAUGCGCGCAAUGCGUGGAACUGGACCCAAGUCGACGAAUCGUAG